GUCUUAAAGUCUAUCAGUUUCUUCUUCAAAGUUCAAACCACUGAUCUGGACCAUAUCUGGUUCAAACUGGUGCAAACUUUUAUAUGAUCACAGUGCAUAUCGCUUUGGAGUCUCUUUAAACAUUUUACAAGGAAAUUAAAAUGGAUUCGACUAACAAGUUGGCAGUGUUUAUUGGACUUGGCAUAGUUGGUACUACUGUCCUUCUUGUUGCUCUCCGAAAGUAUUUCUCCAACAGCAGUGGCAAGAAGAGGCCGUUAGCGCUGAAUCCAAAUAAAAAGAUUGCUUUUGAAAUGGUCGAGAAGGAGGCCAUAAGCCAUGAUACCAGAAGAUUCAGAUUUGCACUUCAAACACCGAAUCACGUUUUGGGUCUUCCAGUUGGUAAGCACAUGUAUUUAAGUGCGAAGGUUAACGACAGCCUAGUAAUACGACCAUACACUCCUGUAACUUCUGAUGAUGAAAUUGGAUAUUUUGAUCUCGUUAUUAAGGUUUAUUUCAAAAAUGUUCAUCCGAAAUUCCCAGACGGCGGUAAAAUGUCGCAGCAUUUGGAACAAAUGAAUAUUGGGGAUACCAUUGAUGUCCGUGGACCUUGUGGUAAACUCGAGUACGAAGGAAAAGGACAGUUUUCUAUCGAGGAAGCAAAAGACAAAGUGGUGACGCGUCAUUGUCGGCAGUUGGGCAUGAUUGCGGGGGGAACAGGUAUUACGCCCAUGUUGCAGAUCAUACGCGAUAUUUUGAAACACGACGACGAUCAGACUCAAAUGUCUCUGCUUUUUGCUAACCAGACAGAGAAAGAUAUAUUACUAAGGGAAGAGCUUGAAGAAAUCGUAGAAAAAUUCCCGGAUCGUUUUAAACUCUGGUACACCUUGGACCGACCCCCAGAAGGGUGGAAAUACAGUAGCGGUUUUGUGAGUGCUGACAUGAUCAAAGAUCAUUUGCCUUCUUCUGGAGAUCAGACUCAAAUCCUUAUGUGCGGACCACCGCCUAUGAUCAAAUACGCUUGUUUACCGAACCUUGAAAAGUUGGGUUUCACAUCUGAUAUGUACUUUGACUUUUAGAAUUGCUAAUUGGAAUGCACGAUGAUAUUCAGUGAAGUAUCCAUCGUAAAGUGCAUUUAAGUCAAUUCACCGAAUAUUUUUAUGUAUAAUUAUUGGUAUUAACAACAGAGAGUUACCUUUAUACCCCAAUAUUUUCAUGGCUCCACUUCCGGAUCCGGUCUAAUAAAACACUGGAUACUGGUCUAAUAAAACACUGGAUAUAGCCUUUUUUUCUAAAAAUAACUUGUUCAAAAUAUUUAGCGGCUAAACGAAUCAAAACUCUUGAUCUAUCGUUGAUACGUUUGAACCAAUCACGUUCAGUUACUUAAAUCCGAGUAAGUGUUACGUCACCGUACACGAUAAAGCCCGCAGUUGAGCAGACUGAAUUUUCCCAGUUUAAUUUCCGGCCCCCUGAUUCAGUCUGCGAGCAGGCUAUUCUGAAACGCGAUGAGAAAAAGAGCGACCUCGUUGAUCGAGAGCUCACGUGACAACUUGCUAAUUGCUUGUCCGACCUCCUCUGACGCUGUUUAUAGUUAAAGUAAGUAUAGGUAUUAAU